AUGGAGUUGGACGAGUAUCGACGGAAGAACGAAGAUGAAGAAGAAGAAGAAGAAGACGAAACCGAAACCAAUAAGCAUAAAAGACUUCUCUCUUUCUACUCUCACUAUCUCCGCAACCGACUUGCCACUCUCAUUCCCUUCUCUUUUGAUGAUUCCUCCAAUUUUCUCUCCAGAAUUUCCAAUCUCUUGGUUCAAACCGGACGACGUGUCGCUUUUCCUCGUAGAAGACGCAAGGCUUGCCUCCCUCUCCCCCUCCCUUCCAACACUCUUGAUUCUUCCCUGGUUAGGACAGAGCCGUCAAGAGUAUAUGAUGUUUUGGAGGAUAUCAUGGGGCAUAUUUUUAUACAUUUGCACAACAUUCAAAAGAAUUUGCAAUUUUGGCAACCUUUAAUCGAGGCAUCUAAUGCUCGGAAAUUAUACUUUAUGCUUUUCGAGAGAGGGCCACAGGCUUUCAUUGGUGGAACAGCUCAGGUUUUGCGUCAAAGCAUUGUCGAGGGUUCGUCUAUGCAGCAUCUAAGUCAUUCUGCUUCUGCUCAUAUUUCUGAGAGGAUAGUUACCUUAAGCAACUUAAGAUGUGCCAUUGCUACAUUUUUGGCAGAGCUUUACAUGGAAGUUGACAGAUGUGGAGAGCAGUUAGUGAAGGAUCCAGAGAAGUCUUUUCCAUCAUUACUAGCAGCUAUUAAUGGUUUAUUUUCAAAUUUGGAGGCAUCAAUUGGCCAUCUGCAUGCAAUACGUCAGACUGAUUCGUCUGUUGAAGGAAGCUAUUCAUUUCCAUUAGUAUUCGAGAAACCACCAGAAGUUAAUCAAGAAGGGUCUCAGUGGACUGAUUGUGAAAUCAGUGAUGCCAUCAAUGCUGUUUAUAAAAAUCUUGAGAAAUUGGAUUCCUAUUUAUCUGUUAUGGUUUCCAAACACCAAAAGCCAAGUAAAAUAUCCCAGUACUGGAUUCGCUACACAUGUGGUGCAGUUGGCCUGUCGUUUUGUUCCUUGUGGCUCCUUCGGCAUAGUCGUUUUAUGGGAAGUCCUGAUAUUGACAAUUGGAUUCGUGAAGCAAAGGACUCAACUGUUAGCUUCUUUAAUGACCACGUGGAGCAACCGCUUCUGUCCAUUAGAGAUGAACUUUUUGAUACAUUCAGGAAGAGACACAAAGGAGUGAUGGAGGUAGAAGAAGUGCAGUUGACUGCCAAUUCGCUGCAUAGGAUGUUAUUGGAUUUCGGUGAGCAAACAAAAGGUCAAAAGCUCCCUGAACAUGCAUCAGAUCAGGAAAUGCUUGAAAUAGUUAUGGACAGGUAUGAAAAGGAACUUAUGCAUCCUAUUCAGAAUCUUUUAAAGGGAGAGCUUGCUCAUGCUUUGCUGAUCCAGGUUCAGAAGCUAAAACUGGAUAUUGAGACGGCAAUGCUUGAACUGGAUCAGAUUCUUAAGGCAAAUGAGAUCAAUUUUGCUAUUCUUGCAGCCUUACCGGCCUUUUUUGUCUCUCUUCUUCUGCUAAUGUUAUUGCGUGCAUGGUUUAAACGGGAUACUAGAGCGGAAGGAAGGGGCAGAGUUGCCCGGCGCCAAAGGAGGCUGCUUUUAGUGGAGGUCGAGAAAGCAAUUGUGCAAUAUCAAACUUACAUCAACCAAGGGCUGGAAAAAGAGUCGCAAUGCAUGUUUGGAUUGAUGUUACAUAGUCUGGAUCGCCUAUUCUAUGCAGUAGAGGUGCAUGCAAAAGCAACUGGUGAAUGGCAAUGGUUGAGACAGGAUAUUAUUGAUCUAGGGAAGCCCCACCUUCAAACUGAAUACAAGCUCAUGGUGAUAUCUCGUAUGGAGCGGGUUUAUGAGUGCCUGCUUCCUUCAUUGAAACCCCAAUAG